AAGAGGCUGCGUGCGCCCAGCUGCGCGAGCAGCCUGGGUGCUGUGGGAGCCGCAGGCGAUGCCCCGGGAUCUGGUUCCGGCCGGGGCUCCAACCCGGGCUGCAGCAGGGGCUACGGUGCAGAGUUUGGUCUCCGCGACCACCGCAGCUCGGCGGGCUUCGGACCAUCUGAGGCGCUUUGUGUUAUUCUUGGAAAAUUUCGCACCACUUGUGAAUUCCUUGAACCUGGGCAUUGCAAACCCACUUCUGUUGGGCCCAUCUCCUUUGCACUUUGCUCAGAUUAAGACUCAGUUGGCGCUUCAGCAGCUGAAUGCCGUUGCCUCACAUAGUUCAACACCACCUUAUACUUUAUUAAAUCAGGCUUUCUUGAAAAUAGCCAUGUCGAGACCCAGGUUUAAUCCUCGAGGAAACUUUCCACUUCAGAGGCCACGAGCACCUAACCCUUCUGGGAUGAGGCCUCCAGGACCAUUUAUGAGGCCUGGAUCCAUGGGUCUUCCAAGAUUUUACCCAGCAGGGAGAGCCCGUGGAAUUCCGCACAGAUUUGCUGGCCAUGAAUCUUAUCAGAACAUGGGACCACAGAGAAUGAAUGUUCAGGUAACUCAACACCGAACUGAUCCAAGAUUGACCAAAGAAAAAUUGGAUUUUCAUGAAGUACAACAAAAGAAGGGGAAGCCUCAUGGUAGCCGGUGGGAUGAUGAGCCUCAUAUAUCUGCAUCAGUGGGAGUGAAACAGAGUCUAACACAGGUUACAGAGCAGAGUCCUCAAGUGCAGAGCCGCUAUACGAAAGAGAGUGCCUCAAGUAUCUUAGCAAGUUUUGGAUUAUCUAAUGAAGAUUUAGAAGAACUCAGUCGCUAUCCUGAUGAACAGCUAACCCCUGAAAAUAUGCCAUUAAUUUUGAGGGAUAUAAGAAUGCGAAAGAUGGGGCGUCGAUUACCCAAUUUGCCUUCUCAGAGCAGAAAUAAAGAAAUACUUGGUAAUGAGGCAGUUUCAAGUAAUGUGAUUGAUUAUGGGCAUGCAAGCAAAUAUGGCUACACAGAAGAUCCACUUGAAGUACGUAUUUAUGAUCCUGAAAUUCCAACAGAUGAGGUCAAGAAUGAAUUUCGGUCACAGAGCAUUUCUGCAUCUGUUCCCACUCCAAAUGUGAUAUGUAAUUCUAUGUUUCCUGUUGAAGAUGUGUUUCGACAGAUGGACUUCCCCGGUGAGUCCUCUAAUAAUCAGUCCUUUUUCCCAGUUGAGAGUGGAACUAAGAUGUCAGGCUUACACAUUUCAGGAGGACAGUCAGUCCUUGAACCAGUAAAAUCCGUCAGUCAAUCCAUUAGCCAAACAGUUAACCAGACAAUGAAUCAGUCUCUUAUUCCUCCACCUAUGAACCAGCAACCUUUUUCAUCAGAAUUAAUUUCAGCUGUAAGCCAGCAAGAGCGGAUCCCACAUGAACCUGUGAUUAAUUCAUCUAGUAUACAUGGAUCAGGAGGAAGCAAAAAGAAUUACCAGUCAGAGGCUGACAUUCCCAUUCAAUCGCCCUUUGGGAUUGUGAAAGCAUCAUGGUUACCAAAGUUUUCACAUGCUGAUGCCCAGAAGAUGAAGAGACUUCCAACUCCCUCUAUGAUGAAUGAUUAUUAUGCAGCGUCUCCAAGAAUAUUUCCACAUUUGUGUUCUCUGUGUAACGUAGAAUGUAGUCAUUUGAAGGAUUGGAUUCAGCAUCAAAAUACAUCUACUCAUAUUGAGAGUUGCCGCCAGUUACGUCAACAGUAUCCUGAUUGGAAUCCUGAGAUCCUCCCAUCAAGAAGAAAUGAAGGCAAUAGAAAAGAAAAUGAAACUCCAAGAAGACGUUCUCAUUCCCCCAGUCCUAGACAUUCUAGAAGAUCAAGCUCAAGUCAUAGAUUCCGCCGAUCUCGAAGCCCUAUACGCUAUAUAUACAGACCAAGAAGUCGAAGUCCAAAAAUCUGCCAUCGUUUCAUUUCCAGAUACAGAUCCAGAUCCCGUUCACCAUAUCGAAUGAAAAAUCCAUUUAGAGGUAGUCCAAAAUGCUAUCGAUCAGUUAGCCCUGAAAGGACAUCACGGAGAUCAUUGAAAUCAUCAGAUAGAAAAAAAGCAUUAGAAGAUGUAGUACAACGAUCUGGGCAUGGGCCAGAAUUCAAUAAACAGAAACAUCUUGAAAUAGUUGAUAAAGGACCUUCACCAGCCCCAAAGCCAAAAAUGGGCAGUGGAUCAAAGGCAUCAGUUAAAUCUACAAACCUUGCAAAGAGUGAUGCAAAUUUAGGGGGACAUUCUAUUCGUUACAAAGCCAAGAAUAUUGAAGAUGACACCUUACCAGAAUGUAAACCAGUGUCUGAAAAACCUGUUUCUCUCCAGCGUAAGCUUCGGAAGGACCAGUCUUCACAUUAUGGUUCAGUUCUUCUUAUAUCUGAAUUACCAGAGGAUGGCUGCACUGAAGAAGAUAUUAGAAAAAUAUUUCAACCAUUUGGAAAAGUUAAUGAUGUCCUCGUUGUUCCUUAUAGGAAAGAAGCUUAUUUGGAAAUGGAGUUUAGAGAGGCGGUUACUGCAGUCAUGAAGUACACUGAAACAACACCUCUUCUUAUAAAAGGGAAAAAUGUGAAAAUAUGUGUUCCAGGAAAGAAAAAACAGAACAAAGAGUUGAAGAAAAAGACCUCAGAUUCAAAGAAAGCAUCUGCAGCUUCUUUAAAAAAAGAUAUAGAUGCUUCCAAAGCUGUUGAAACUGUGACUUCAGCUUCUGCCACCAAAACUGGACAAGCCAAGACAUCUGGAGCCAAAGUCAGUAAGUCUUCAGGGAAAUCAGCGGGUUCUGUAAAGUCUGUGGUAACAGUAGCUGCUAAAGGUAAAGCUUCAAUCAAAACAGCAAAAUCUGGUGGAAAGAAGACUUUGGAAGUCAAAAAAGCUGGCAUUGUCAAAAACAAAGAUGCCAAUAAACCUGUGAUUGUACCAGAAAACUCUGAAAUAAAGACCAGUAUGGAAGUCAAAGCCACUGAAAAUAGUGCCAAGGAAACUAUUUCAGAAGCUGCUGUGGAGUCCACAGAAAAAGAACCAGUUAACAAGGAAACAGAGGAAAUGUGUGUGGUACUUAUUUCUAAUUUGCCUAAUAAAGGAUAUUCUAUAGAAGAAGUUUACAACCUAGUAAAACCAUUUGGUGGUUUAAAGGAUAUUUUGAUUUUAUCAUCUCAUAAAAAGAUAUUUAUGGAAAUAAAUAGAAAAUCUGCAGAAUCUAUGAUAAAAUUUUAUACCUGCUUCCCAAUAUCAAUGGAUGGAAAUCAACUCUCAAUAAGUAUGGUUCCUGAAAACAUGAAUAUAAAAGACGAGGAAGCUAUAUUUACAACCUUGAUUAAAGAAAAUGACCCAGAGGCAAAUACAGAUAAAAUUUACGAUCGAUUUGUACAUCUUGAUAACUUGCCGGAAGAUGGGCUUCAGUGUGUGCUUUGUGUUGGACUUCAGUUUGGAAAAGUGGCUCACCACGUAUUCAUGAGUAAUAAAAACAAGGCAAUUCUUCAGUUAGAUAGCCCUGAAUCUGCUCAGUCAAUGUAUAGCUUUCUGAAACAAAAUCCACAGAACAUAGGUGACCAUGUUUUGACCUGCACAUUAUCUCCAAAAAUGGACUCAUCAGAGGCUCAAGCUGACAAAGACCCAGAACUAGGAAAAGAAAGCCCUGACUUGAAAAACAGUCCAAUUGAUGAAAGUGAGGUCCAAACAGCAGCUGAUAGUCUCUCUGUUAAACCUAGUGAGGUUGAAGAAGAAACUGUUCCCAACAUUGAAACAGAAACAUCUGUACAGCAGGAAGAAACUUGUGAGGAAGAACCUGAAAAGGCACUGUGUGACUCUGACUUUGCUAUUGAAACGUUGGAAGUUGAAACUCAAGAAGAGGUCAAAGUGGAAAUUCCUCUUGUAGCAUCCACUCCAAUAAGUAUUGAAUUAUUCACUGAAAAUGUAGAGGAGUGUGUUUUAAAUCAGCAGGUGUAUACCAGUGACUUUGAGAAGGAAGAGGCAGAAAUUAUUAACCCUACAACAGAAUUAUCAACAUCUGACACUGCAUUUAUAGAGGAAAGGAACAUCAAAGGAAUUCUAGAAGAAUCUCCAUCUGAAGCAGAAGAUUUCUUUUCUGGGAUUACACAGUCUAUGAUAGAGGCUGUAGCUGAAGUGGACAAACAUGAAACUGUUUCAGAAAUAGUACCAUCUACUUGUGUUUUGGCCUUGGUACCAGGAAUUUCCACUGGGGAUGAGAAGGCAGUGAGCACAAAGGGAAUUUCUGAGAAAAGUAACACGGAUGAAAAGGAAGAAAAUGAAUUUAAUAGUAAGGAAACCAGAAUGGAUCUGCAGAUAGGAACAGAGAAGGCUGAAAAGAAUGAUGCUAGGAUGGUUACAGAGAAGUUGGAAAAGAUCGUGGCAGCAGUGAAAGAAAAGCCUGCAGAAAAUGCUGUGACCAAGGGAUACCUGAAUAAAGGAAUGGGUCAGGCUAAUAAGCCUGAUGAAACUAGUAAAACUAGUAUGUUGGCUGUAUCAAAUACAUCUAGCACUAAAUCAAGCAUCAAAGCCGGUAUGGUCUCUUCUCUAAAGGCAAAAGCUACUUCAAAAUCCGAGAACCAGAAAAGUUUUCUGAAAUCUGUACUCAGAGAUCAAAUUAAUGCUGAAAAGAAGCUUUCAGCCAAGGAGUUGGGUCUCCUUAAACCUACAAGUGCCAGGUCAGGCUUGGCUGAAAACAGCAAUAAAUUCAAACCCAGUCAGAGCGGUGUUACCAGAGGAGGCAGUGGAAGGAUCUCAGCCCUCCAAGGCAAGGAUUCUGAACUGGAUUACAGGGAUAUUACAAAACAAUCUCAGGAAACAGAGGCUAGACCCUCCGUCAUGAAACGGCAUGACAGCAACAAUAAGACCUUGGCUGGGCAAAACACUAAGAAUCCUAAAAGCACCACUGGUAGAAGUUCCAAAUCUAAAGAGUCUCUUCAACAGGAACCAUUAUUUCCAUUUAAUUUGGAUGAAUUUGUCACUGUGGAUGAGGUUAUAGAAGAAGUAAAUACUUUUCAAGCCAAGCAAAACCCACUAAAGGGAAAAAGAAAAGACAGUCUCAAAAAUACCCCUUCCUCUGAACUUAACUUAAAGAAGAAGAAAGGGAAAACUCCUGCCCCUCGUGUUGUUGAGGGAGAAUUAUCUUUUGUAACAUUGGAUGAGAUUGGGGAAGAGGAGGAUGGAGCUGCACACCUAGCCCAAGCUCUAGUAACUGUGGAUGAAGUAAUUGAUGAAGAAGAAAUAAAUAUGGAAGAAAUGGUAAAAAAUUCAAAUUCACUCCUUACAUUAGAUGAGUUAAUUGAUCAAGAUGAUUGCAUUUCCCACAGUGAACCUAAAGAUGUUACUGUACUAUCAGUGGCUGAAGAGCAAGAUCUCCUCAAACAGGAACGUUUGGUAACUGUGGAUGAGAUUGGAGAAGUUGAGGAGCUACCUUUAAAUGAGUCAGCUGACUUAACUUUUGCCACUUUAAAUGCUAAAGGAGAUGAGGGAAGUACUGGAAGGGAUCCCAUUGAGUUCAUUUCUUCCCAGAUGCCUGAAGACCCUUCUACUUUAGUUACUGUAGAUGAAAUACAGGACGACAGCAGUGAUUUGCAUUUAGUCACUUUGGAUGAAGUAACUGAAGAGGACGAAGACGCUCUGGCAGAUUUUAACAACCUUAAAGAAGAGCUUAAUUUUGUUACUGUCGAUGAAGUUGGAGAAGAGGAAGAUGGAGACAAUGAUUUAAAAGCAGAGUUAGCACAAAGCAGAAAUGACCGUCCCACAGAUAAAAAAGGGGAUAGGAAAAAGAGAGCUACGGACUCAAGGAAGUUGAAACUUGAAGCCUUUUCCCGAGCUGGUUCAAUAAGUGAGAAUGUUAUGGAAGAGGAUCUGAAAACCAUGAUUCAAAGACACUUAGCAGACUUUCUCUUUAAAGCUAAAACACCAACCAAGAGAGUUAGAAUUGGGAAAACACCAGCAUCGGGAAAAGCUGUUGCGACAGACGCAAGGAAAGGUGAAGAGGCCUUCCAAAUUUGUGAAGUUGAUGAGGAAUCUGGAUUAAAGGAUUCAGAACCAGAACGAAAACGUAAGAAGAUUGAGGACUCUUCUUUAGGGAAAUCAGUGGUACCGGAUGUCCCUGAAGAUUUAGACUUCCUCGUACCGAAGGCUGGAUUCUUCUGUCCAAUAUGUUCCCUCUUCUACUCAGGUGAAAAAGCAAUGACAAAUCACUGCAAGAGUACACGUCAUAAGCAAAAUACAGAGAAGUUCAUGGCCAAGCAAAGAAAGGAAAAGGAGCAGAAUGAGGCUGAAGAAAGAAGUUCUAGGUGAUUGGGGGAAAGGGGAAAGACUUCAUUAGAAAUUUGUUUAGGGUCCAGUUGAUUUGUGUAUUUUUGUUAUCACUUAAUUUGUAAUUUUUGUUUCAGAAGCAAAUAUUCAUGUUGUACAAAUUUCUGAUUGCCCUUGAUGUGGAAAGACUGAUGGGGAAAGUAUGAUGUGUUUGAUUUUUAUAUCAAAUCAUCAGGCAUGGAGAAGUAUCUUUUAGAAGUGUUAAAAUAAAUGUUCCUACUGUAUAUUUAAAAUAC